AUGCAAAAAGCGACCUACUACGACAGCUCUGCGAUCUAUGGCGGCUAUCCUUACCAAGGAGCAAAUGGUUUCGCUUACAAUGCUAGUCAGCAGCAAUAUCCUCCUCCGCCUCCUUCUUCCUCGCUGGUGGAAACGGAGUACCAUCGACCGGCCUGCUCUUUACAGUCCCCCGGAGGCGGCGGCGGCGGCAGCACCACCGUGUCCCACCACAAGGCCAAUGAAAUCAAUGAGAGUUGUAUGAGGACCAUCACCAGCCAGUCUCUCCAGCCCCCAGUCCUUUCAGAGCAGCCUCAGCAGCAGCCUCCAGCCCCCCAGCAAGCACCACCACCUCCACCCCCCUCUGUGUCACCACCUCAGAAUGCCACCACUAAUUCCGCCCCGCCUAGCGCCACCAAGAGCUCCAUCUUGAACUCGCCCACCAUGUCCAAGCAAAUAUUCCCCUGGAUGAAAGAGUCUCGACAAAACACCAAGCAGAAAAACAGCGGCUCCAGUUCAGGUAUGGCAAAAGGAGGAGGGCUGGUAAAGAUUAACCGAGCGGAUGUACUUACAGGCAGCCCCAUCCACCAAGCCGUUAAGCAGAAGUUAUUCAGAUCCUUGACUUCUAGGUGUUUCAUUAGUCUGGCAGGAAUGGUUUAGAUUCCCCACUCCCCAGCUAUUUCACUUGGAAAUUGGAAACACACACAAUGGCUUGAGAUCAGAAAAAUUGCCUUAUCUAUAGCUACACACAGAGAUAUCUAUAUCUAUAUCUAUAUCUAUAUCUAUAUCUAUAUCUAUAUCUAUAUCUAUAUCUAUAUCUAUAUCUAUAUAUCUAUAUCUAUAUCUAUAUCUAUAUCUAUAUCUAUAUCUAUAUCUAUAUCUAUAUCUAUAUCUAUAUCUAUAUCUAUAUCUAUAUCUAUAUCUAUAUCUAUAUCUAUCUAUUACACAUACACACAGCAAAAGAUAGAUAUGCAAAUGCAUACAUACAUACAUACAGCUACAUUUGCACAUAUUUAGGUAAUGGUGUGUGUGUGUGUGCGUGUGUGUGCGUGUGCGUGCGCGCAUGUGCGUGUGUGUGUGCGCGCACACACACAUCCAAAGAGGCUGAUCUCCAGAAAGAGGAGGACGCCUGAAGUUUGGUUGCUUUGCAUGACCUCUGUUAAACUCUUGCAAAAGAAUGUGAAGUUGCUUAGCUUCCAAGCUCUUCUCUUUGCAGACUUUGAGAUGACUGUAACAGGCACCUCGGAGUCCUCAGCAUUCCAUAGACAACCCGCCCCCUCCUUCUUUCUGCUUCUAUUAAAUCAUGUCCAGAUACAAAGGUCCAGGCCUAUCUUCAACAAGUGGCAAGACCUGUGUGCCUCUCUCUCUCUCUCUCUCUCUCUCUCUCUCUCUCUCUCUCUUUUCUUUUUUGGCACAGUGCUACAGUCACAAGACAGUGACCUAUCCCUGCUGAAGUGUAAUGAGAAUAAAAUAGCUCAUCAUUAUCUGCAGUCAAGAUCAAUGCUUUGUUUGAUAUUCAUAACCUCUUUUGAUUUUAGCGCACAGACUGGCAACCUUACAAGCACGGUAAACAAAGCUUAGGUUUCUUUAGCACUUUGCAGGCAGGUCCAUAAAUACAUUAUGGGUGGAUUAUAGUGUUUAUCAACAGUGCUAUUACAUAAGUAAACCCAAAUCGAUGAGAAAAGUAUUAGCGUCAGUCUCCCCAGGCAUUUGGCUCCUGUUUACCACUUACUUCCUUAAUUUAUCUUGUGCUGUGAAAAUAGAUUCUAAAAUUUUUGCAAAUGUUUUCUUUGAUGCAUUUCUAAUACUGUUACAGUGGUGUAUCAACACUGACAAGCCUGAUUAUUUGAUAUGUACUGUGGUUUAAACUGUAUAUUUAUCUACAUGCAUAUUAUAUCAUCUAGGACCCUGGCUCUGAUCCAUAAACCCCGGGCAGUCAAAGUACUAAGGGUGGCAGCCUAAUUCUAAACAUGUCAACCUGGAAGUAAACCCUGCUCAGUUUAAUAGGCCUUGCUUAUUAGUAAAUAUGCAGAGGACUGCAGACAUACCUCACUAGGUGCAACUGUUGGAAGGACAGUCCCACAGAACUGAAUGUAAUGUAGGCUUGAUACUAAACUUGGAAGCAAAUUCCUGGAAUUCUGUGGGGCUUAGGAACUCUGCUUAACAGUGUAUUCCUAUAUCUAUCUACCUAGGAGGAAUCCCACUGAGUUCAAUGGGGACUUUUCCUGGGUAAGAAGGUAUAGGAUUAAAGCCAAAAUCUCAUGGAGUUUGAUGUGACUUCAGAAAUAUUUCACUUAUUUGGAUUGUGCACUCAGCGAAGGCUGAAUACGUUUUGGAAAAUGUCCAAGUGUCCCCACUCCCACCCCACCAUGGUGGUAAAAAACCAGCACAAUGGAUUGAACAAUUAACCAUUUUGCUGCCCUUUAAUGGUACCCUAAAAUCACUGCCUACAGCAGGCCCCUUUGUCCUUCCCAGUCACAGAGCUGGCCCUGUGUUCCUAUCCAUUCCAUUCACUUGAGUGUGUCCAAGCUGGCUUUAAGCCAAGUAAUUCUUCACUGGUGUGUGGAGCUGGCAGCCAGGCUGGUUUUAUAUUUGGGGAAGGAAGUGGAUGGAGUAUGGAUGUUUGUCUUUGGCUUUUUGUAUUCUGAUUCUCGGCGUAUUGACAUAGAUACCUAUCUUGUUAUACUUAAUGGAAUAUACCUUUUGAAGUUCUCUGGACCUCUCUGAAUGUCAGCCGCAUUAUCCUGACCCCACCAAAGUCAAUGGGACUUUUGCGGUUGAUUCUAAAAGAGUCAAGUUUUCUCUUCUCUAAAGUUCCAUAUGAAAGAAAUAAUUCAACCUACCACUUCAAUUGGACUUUCAUUCAAUUACUUGGGAGUAAUCCAAUUCAUAUAGCAAACAACUUUUGUUUUAGCGGUUUGGGAGCUGACAACAUGUAACCCCAAAAUCCAUACCUUUAUUUGCCAUGGUGUUUAUCUUUCCCAUGAAAGCAUGGUUUCUGGUCAGACGCAUUUCUAGUGGUUUUCAAAGACUGCAUCUCUGAUCCUACAGAGAUACAGGCAAUUUGCAUAUAUUGGUGCAGUAAAUGACUGUCACUUGAGCAUAUCUUUGGUCACAGCAGACAACCUCAUGUGUGGAAGAGACAAUGCUACCACUAGGCCAGGGGUAGGCAACCUUCUCAAUCCGGCCUGCGGACGGUUGGGGAAUCAGGGUGUUUUUACAUGAGUAGAAGGUGUCCUUUUAUUUAAAAUGCAUCUCUGGGUUAUUUGUGGGGCAUAGGAAUUCGUUCAUAAUUUUUUUUCAAAACAUAGUCUGGCCCACCACAUGGUCUGAGAGAUGGUGGACAGGCCCACGGCUGAAAAAGGUUGCUGACCCCUGCACUAGGCCCUGCAAUGUACUAGCUCAGGCAAGGCUGAUUGAUGAUUACUGGUUGUUGUGUGUUCAGGUGCCCCCAUACUCACUUUGUUCUUUGUGUGAUUUGCAUAGGUGAGAGUUGUGCUGGUGAUAAAAGCCCCCCAGGGCAAGCUUCCUCUAAAAGAGCCCGAACGGCUUACACAAGUGCCCAGCUGGUAGAACUGGAAAAGGAGUUUCACUUCAAUAGAUACCUUUGCAGGCCAAGAAGGGUAGAGAUGGCUAACUUGCUCAACCUCACAGAAAGACAGAUCAAAAUAUGGUUCCAAAACCGCAGGAUGAAAUACAAAAAGGAUCAGAAGGGCAAAGGCAUGAUGACCUCUUCAGGAGGACAGUCCCCCAGCAGAAGUCCUGUCCCUCCGGCUGCUGGAGGAUACCUGAACUCUAUGCAUUCCCUAGUAAACAGUGUUCCAUAUGAACCCCAGUCACCGCCAUCCUUCAGCAAGCCUCAUCAGAAUGCCUAUGGCAUCCCUACGUCAUAUCCGGCUCCUCUCAAUAACUGCCCGCCUCCACAAAAGAGAUAUACCGGAACUGCAGCAGUGACUCCUGAAUAUGACCCUCAUCCUCUUCAAGGGAAUGGUUAUGGCAAUCCACAUAUACAGGGAAGCCCCGUCUAUGUUGGGGGCAAUUAUGUGGACACCAUGGCAAAUUCUGGGCCUUCCAUCUUUGGUCUGACUCACCUCCCUCAUCCUUCUUCUGCCAACAUGGACUACAGUGGGCCAAUGGGCAACAAUCAUCACCAUGGACCGUGCGACCCACACCCAACAUAUACAGACCUUACUUCUCACCAUCCUUCUCAGGGAAGAAUUCAGGAAGCGCCCAAACUGACCCAUCUGUAA